AGCCUCGCCCCCGCGGCCAAUCCGCGGGCCGCAUGCAAAUCGCGGCGGCGGCCGGGCCAGUGGGGAGCGGGAGGGGCGUGGCGGCGGCGGCCCGUUGGCCGGCGGGGGCGUUGGCGGCGGCCAAUGGGGCGGCGGAGCGGGCGGGGCGCGCCCCGGGGGCGUGGCUAUGCAAAUUUGGUUUGAAAAGAGGGCGGGAAAUCUGAGUUUCGCGGGAGGCCCUUGGCGCGUAACCCGUCUCCUUUCCCUUCAUUCAUUGUCAGCAGCCGCCGCUUCCUGGAGCCAUUUUCCAGCCGGCCCCACACAGCGGGAGCGGCCCCGCUCCAUCCGCCGCAUCUGCCCGCCCCGCCGCCUCCGUCCCCCCCCGGCGCCCCGCAUCCUGCAGCUGGGGCCCCCCCGGCACCCGCGCCCCCCAGUAUUUUGCGCGGGGCCUCGGCAUCGAGGAGGAAAGCGGCUGGGAAGGCCGGGGGGGGAGGGACGGGGGGAGGAGGCGACGCGGCUGCGGGGACAGAGCCGGAGGGAAGGAUGAGAAGGGGACUCCAGCCGCCGGCCCCAGCAGCGCAGCCGCCCGCACCGCCCUCGGACUGCAGAGUGGCCCCCGCCGGCUUCCCAGCCCGCUUUGCCGCCGGCACCUUCAUCCAGAUCCGCAGCACCGGCGCGGCGGCGGGGGCGCCCUGUGUUGUCUCCUCCUCCGCCGCCGCCGUCGCUGCCCAGGCUCCCGGUGCCUUUGCCCCGGCGGCGGAUGGGGGCCAGCCCGCUGGCAGCUCGCUGUACUGCACCCCCCACGGACCCGCCGGCAGGACGGCGCUGCUGCAGCCCGCUCUCGGCGGAGGCGGAGGCCGCCCCCCGGCAAAACGAAGGCUGGAGCUAGGAGAAAGUGGCCACCAGUACCUUGCUGAAGGACUAAAGACUCCAAAGGGGAAAGGAAGAGCUGCAACAAGAAGUCCAGAUAGUCCAAAAACUCCAAAAUCUCCUUCAGAAAAGACUCGGUAUGAUACAUCACUUGGACUUCUAACAAAGAAGUUCAUUCAGUUGCUGAGCCAAUCUCCUGAUGGGGUCCUAGAUUUGAACAGAGCGGCAGAGGUCCUCAAGGUGCAAAAAAGGAGGAUUUACGAUAUCACCAAUGUACUGGAAGGCAUCCAUCUCAUUAAGAAAAAAUCCAAAAACAACAUUCAGUGGAUGGGCUGCAGUCUGUCAGAGGAUGGUGGUAUGAUGGCACAGCGUCAAGGCCUCACAAAGGAGGUGACUGAACUGACUCAGGAAGAGAAGAAACUGGAUGAGCUAAUCCAAAGCUGCACCCUGGACCUCAAGUUGCUCACAGAGGACUCAGAGAAUCAGAGAUUAGCUUAUGUAACAUACCAAGAUAUUCGAAAAAUUAGUGGCCUUAAAGACCAAACUGUUAUAGUUGUGAAAGCUCCUCCAGAAACAAGACUUGAAGUGCCUGACCCAGCGGAGAGUGCAUUGAUACAUUUAUCUAGCACGCAAGGACCUAUUGAAGUUUAUCUGUGCCCAGAGGAAAACGAUGCCCUCAGUCCAAUGAAAACCUAUAGUCAGGACCACAACGGAAAUAUUUCGAAAACUAUUUCCAAAGAAGUGGCUUCUGCUAACUCAGGACAAGGUGACUGCUCAGUAAAUAUGGCAACAAUCUCUCCACUGGCUUCUCCAGCCAACCUUCUCCAGCAGACCGAGGACCAAAUUCCCUCAAACUUUGAAGGACCAUUUGUGAAUUUGCUGCCUCCUCUGCUUCAGGAAGAUUAUUUGCUGAGCCUUGGGGAUGAAGAAGGCAUCAGUGAUCUCUUUGAUGCUUAUGAUUUAGAGAAGCUUCCUUCAUUGGUGGAUGAAUUUAUAUACAGCUGAUUCUCUUAAAAGAUGCCUGUGUCUAAAUCAUGUUUUUAAUGGAAUCAAAACACAUGCCAUCAUUCAGAGUUGUCGCCAACUUACCAUAAAAUAGCAUUAUUACAGAAACUAGGCUCUUGAACACUUUGAUAUUUUAAUUUAAUAUUCCCUAAAAUACUACAAACAACAACUGAAGGCUUUUACAAGGUCUUCUUCUUGACCCCAAGCUCCAGCGCCUUGUGAGUCAGCAAGGGCAAGCAGGUGACUGUAAAUGUUUUUGUUUUCACACUCCCCCAGUCUCUGCUUACCAUGACAAGUGGGCUUAUGGAGAAGGGCUCAAUGAACUGGCUUAGUCAUAAGUAACAAUUUUAUAAUAGUAUUUCAGGUCGUGCCUUCUGCAGAGAAUGCAUGUCUUUUGAGCAUCACAACAUGGAUUGUACCUGCAGUAAACAUAAAUAUGAAGUAAUGCAAAAGUGUGAAAUGGGAUUAUUCAGCUACUUGUGGGAAUGUUUAAAUUGCUGUCAUAAUGCUCAUUUUGAGCAGUGUAUAUGUCUCAUUAUGAGGUCAAAUACUUAUGUCCUUAAAAGCUUUUAAUAAAAAAUACACUGUAAAUGUAGUGUAUAUUGCAAAUAUUGAAAAGUAUAAAGUUCUGCCACUUCUCGUAGUAAUCACAGAUUUUUUAAAAUGCUUGUGUGUGUGUGUGUGUGUGUGAAAGUAGUUUUUGUUGGUUGUUUUUUUAAACUAGAACGAAGAUGCACAGUUCAAUUUUACUGCCCCCAGCGUGCAUUAGAACUGGUACAUAAAUUUUUGUGGUACUAAGUGGGGCUUUGUGUUAAGUGCCUACUAGAGAUGCACUGUGGGUUUUUCCCUCUAUGGAAAACACUUAUGCCAAGCUUUGUUUGUUCAAUAUAUCAUAUUUAUCUCAGUGGGUUAGCUUCCUCUGCUUACAGCUUUUUAUAAUUCUCUUCGCCAGCAAAAUUGAACUAAUUUUUUUUUUUUCCAAAGUACAUAACUGUAAGUACCACAUCAACUGAAUUGCAUUUAUUUUUUGAAGAUCUUUGGUAGUAUAGUAUAAUACCAAUAUUUAUUUUUUUGAAAGUGAGAGGAAUUCUAAGAAGUCUUAAAUAAUUUUUUUUUUGAGUGUAAAAUAUGUUGCCAUGUUCUGGGCUAAAUUAAUGUAAUGUUGAUUAGAUGAUGCCCAUAUAAUCCUUUUUGUUUGCGUUACCGUUGUGCUUAUCUGACAUAUUCAGAAAAUUAGUACUAUUUGUACUGUAGUAGAAUAUUAUGUAUGCAGGUUUUCUGGUACCAUUUGAGUUGCUGCUAUGAAAGCUCACACAUGAAAAGGCAAGAAGUCACAGUACUAAUAAGAAAACUGUAUGACUGUGUGAGUUUUGGAAUAUAACAAAUGUAUAAAGGGCAACACAUAAAGAACUGUUAAACAGUGUUAAGUGUGUGUUUAUAUGUACAAAUGUGUGCAUAGAUCAUUCAGCAGUUGUAUUUAAGUUGAUAUAUGUUUCAACUCACACUUUAGUUAUCUAGCAGUUUUGUAUAAUAGAAUUAAUUUGUAAACACUGCCAGAAUAUUUUCUAGCUGGUUUGUAAUUUUUUAAGAGUUUUUUUAGAUGUGGAUCUGUAAAUAAAAAUGUAGUAUUUAAAGUUUUCGUCUUGUGGAAGAGGACAGUAAAAGUUGUGUGAGCAUGAAGAUUUGUGAGACAAAGGGGCACUUUUGAGGGGGAAAAGAAAAUGAAGACUAAUGCAGACCAUCUUUUUUUUCUUGUACAAAUUAAACACUUGUCCCAGUGUGCGUGGGCAAAAUACUAAUCUAAUUUAGCUUUGCAUUGUAUGCUAGUUUAAAAAAACUGUAACAUACUGUAAAAAAAAAAAAAAAAGGAACAAAAAAAAACUUUUAUGGUGAGUUUUGUAAAUAGAUUUAUUAAAGGAUGACCUGUUCUCUAGCUGUGAUCUUACCACUUCAAAUGGAUGUAAUUUGAAUAAAUUUUGUAUGGUAAUGAAUCAAUAAAAGAUUUUUUAAAGAGUUUAGAAUUGUA